ACGAAUUCGAGAUUCAUGUUAGAACCAGUUUCACCAAAGCAGAACACGGUAUAUAGAUUUUUUGCGUCCAGCAUAUAUGUGAGACAAGUUGAGUACGUUUAUUUUCAUCGAAAUACUGGUCGCCAUGUCCGGUGCGACCUGCCCGAUGGUGUGCCGGGAGUUGCUUUGUGCUCAACGGUAUAUUUAAGAGUGGUUUCAGCGCACCGUAAACUCACUCGACAUCGUACCGUUCACCAGAAAGCUGUGUUCAACGGCUCGAUCAUGCACACAUCUGUAAAGUGUUUGACACUCCUGCUGGGGGUGGCAGCUGCCUCUCUUGGCCCUUUCGAAGAACUCUACACUUGGAAGCAGCUCGACUUUCAAUUCCCAACUUCCAAUGCUCGGGAGGCAGCGAUCGCCUCUGGUGACUUUGUUCAGAUCAACAACCUUCCGGUAGGCAUUGAAAUCUGGAAGGACAAGUUAUUCGUCACAGUACCGAGAUGGAAGAAGGGAGUUCCCUCGAAUUUAAAUUACAUCUCACUGUCGAACACAACCGGUAACAAAUCACCAGCCCUAACUCCCUACCCAGAUUGGGAGACGAACGACAUUCACCAAACCGGAAAAGAGUCCAUAGUCAACAUCUUCCGGCUGGCGGUGGAUUCCUGCGAUCGCUUAUGGGGUAUUGACGCAGGUUCCGACGACAUUCUGGGCGAAGGUGCCUUGGUUGCUCCGGUUCAGCUGAUCGUGAUCGAUCUGAAGACUGACCAAGUCAUUCGACGUUACCGUCUCACCGACGCUGACCAGAGGUUCGAGUCCUUCUUUGCCAAUCUGGUCGUCGACGUGGAGGCUGAUGCCUGCGAUCAGGCCUUCGCUUACGUCUCUGACCUCGGUGCCAACGGUCUGGUUGUCUACAGCUGGGAAAAGAACAAGUCGUGGAGAGUCGACCACAACUUUUUUGCGUUUGACCCUCUGCACGGUGACUUCAACGUCAGUGGAAUCAACUUCCAGUGGACCGAUGGGAUCUUCGGCCUUGCUCUGAGCCCGUUACGGAGUGACGGCUCCAAAAGCUUGUAUUUCCACGCCUUGGCCUCAAUCACCGAGUUCGAGGUGUCAACGACUGUUUUGAAAGACGAAGUACUGGCAACUUCGAACGGGAAUUAUUACCACUUCAAGAGACUCGGUUACAAGGGUGAGCUCAGUCAGUGUACGGCAUCUGUGAUGGAUUGGAAAAGCGGAGUGGCUUUCUUCGCAGCUGUGAACAGAGACGGGAUCGCAUGUUGGAACACGAAGAAGUCGCUGGAUCAGUCCAGCUUCCGUCUUGUUGCCGAAGACCACGACGCUCUAGUGUUCCCGAACGAUAUCAAGAUCGCCCAAGAUACCAGACAGCUCUACGUUAUCUCUGACAAAAUGCCACUGUUUCAAUAUGCCAACAUAGAUCCUCAGCAGAUCAAUUAUCGUAUUCUCAAAGCACCCGUCGAUGAAGCGGUAAAGACUUGUCUGUAAGGGGUUGAUAUUCAUCCAAUCACUAGAUGAAGUCUAUAAGAGUCACACGGAAAGUUUACGAAUUAAGAAAGUGUUUUACAGUUAAAAAAAUAUCUGAUGGUAAGCCAAGUUGAGGUAAUGUCGUAUUGCAUAGGAUGCAAAAAAUAAGCAUUGUUCGUGAAUAAUUACUAUACAAGCUGAUUGCACUCGGUUGAAAAAAUAUGUAAAAUUGUUUGGUGCGAUGAAGUGAUUCUCGAUUCCAAACGUUAGUUUACUAGGAUUUUACUAGCAACAAAUCUCGGAAAUCCUUAUCCAUUUUCGUAUAAGCAGUAUCAACGUAAUAUAGAACACGGUAU